GCCCACCUUUCAAGCCCCGCCCCUCUCCCCCAGCCGUGCUGCAUUGUGGGGCGGCAACAUGGCGGCGCUCAGCGCGGGGCGGGCGGCGGCCGGGGGCCUCCUGCGCGUCCCCCAGGGCUUCCUGCGUGCCCGCAGCCUCGGCGCCUGGCGGGCCCUGAGCACCCCCGCCGCCCUCCGGGACACCCCGCGGGGCAAGUCAGAAAACGCCAAGCCGGAGGGCACCUUCCAGGUCACCAUGCUGCCCGGGGACGGCGUGGGCCCGGAGCUCAUGCACGCCGUCAAGGAGGUGUUCAAGGCUGCCAGCGUGCCGGUGGUCUUCGACGAGCACCACCUGAGCGAGGUGCAGAACAUGGCGUCGGAGGAGAAGCUGGAUCAGGUGGUGGACUCCAUGAAGGAAAGCAAAGUGGCCCUCAUAGGCAAGAUCCACACCCCCAUGGAGUACAAGGGCGAGCUGGCUUCCUACGACAUGAGACUCAGGCGCAAAUUAGACUUGUUUGCAAAUGUUGUCCACGUGAAGAGCUUGCCAGGCUAUAAAACACGCCACAACAACCUGGACCUCGUGAUCAUUCGUGAGCAGACGGAGGGGGAGUACAGCUCGCUGGAGCACGAGAGCGCAAAGGGGGUCAUCGAGUGCCUGAAGAUCAUCACCCGGGCCAAGUCGCAGCGCAUUGCCAAGUUCGCCUUUGACUUCGCCACCAAAAAAGGGCGCUCUAAGGUCACGGCCGUGCACAAAGCCAACAUCAUGAAAUUAGGCGACGGGCUGUUCCUGCAGUGCUGUGAGGAAGUGGCAGAACUGUACCCCAAGAUCAAGUUUGACACCAUGAUAAUUGACAACUGCUGCAUGCAGCUGGUGCAGAACCCCUACCAGUUCGAUGUCCUGGUCAUGCCGAACCUCUACGGGAACAUCAUCGACAAUCUGGCGGCUGGCUUGGUGGGCGGUGCCGGUGUGGUGCCCGGGGAGAGCUACAGCGCCGAGUACGCCGUCUUCGAGAUGGGCGCCCGGCACCCCUUCGCCCAGGCCGUGGGCAGGAACAUCGCCAAUCCCACUGCCAUGCUGCUCUCGGCCGCCAACAUGCUGCGGCACCUCAACUUGGAAUUUCACUCCAACUUGAUUGCGGACGCGGUGAAGAAGGUGAUCAAAGUCGGAAAAGUUCGGACACGGGACUUGGGCGGUUACUGCACCACUUCUGACUUCGUCAAGUCUGUGAUUGACAACCUGCACCCCCACUAUGGGGCCUAGGAGCCCCGCUCGCCCGCGGGCAGCCCUGGGACUUCUCCGCGCCCUCCACCAGCUUUCCCCAGCUUAAGGCCUAGCAGCGCCGCCCUCCCCCGCCCACCCCCCGGCUGCCGGGUCCCUGGGGAG